UAUACAGGUAUUUACCGGUAUUAAAGAUAAACCGGUAUAAAAAUAACUGCUACAGAAGCUCUAAGAUGCUGCACCGACAAUUUCAAUUUACUUGGUGCAUUUGCUUAAUUGUAUUAUGCUGUGUUUCUGUAUAUACUCAAGAAUUUAAUGGUGAUCGUAUUCAUAUAUCGCCAGCUUAUGCCAUUGCUUUAAAAGCUGAUCUUUUAAACUUAACAACAUGUGGAAAAGAAUUGCAGAACUUCCGAGACGCUGUUAAUCAACGACUAUUGUGGAGUUUAAGAAUUUUAGAUUCCAGUGGUGGAUAUAAACCAGGUUUUCUUUAUGGAAAUAAUUAUUGGUUAGGCAGUCGUAGUCAAUGUCUCGAUACGAUGAAUAGGAGUCCUCUAUUGAAAUCACCACAAAAAAUAUUAAAUGACAAGCAGUAUCGUGAUCCGCAACAAGAAUUUCCGCCUUUCAAAAUAAAUUAUUUUGUCGCUUAUUUUAAACACAAUAGUACUUUUCAAUAUCACAUAAAUUUAUUUCGCGAGGAUGUGAUAACGCUAGGACUCUGUCUGCCAGCAUCGUGCUCUAUAAAUAAUCUAAGUUUUAUCUUGAAAAGAAUAUUACAGGAUAAAAGAAUCUUAAUGUACGACAUUUAUUUUGCGGAUCUUUAUCUAAUUCAGGUUAAAGAUCUAAAAAACAAUGACAAGUGGCUAUCCGGAGGUGCAUUAAUUUUUAUCUGUGCAUUUUUAGGGCUUUGUUUUAUGACAACAGUCGGAACAAUAUAUGAUAUACUCUUGUAUAAAAGAAAAGUAAAGGAUAAUGGAAAGAACAAAUUUUACAACGGUAAGAGUAUUAUAUAAAACCGCUCAAUAUUUUUAUUUUAAUAAGUUACUUUCAAUUUUAAUGUACCACAGAUUUUAUCUUUCACAAUUUUAACUUCUGGAGGAUUGGCUUUCUUUGAACGAUUUUUUUUAGUUUUAAUGCUGGAACACUUUGUCCUUGUCAGUGAUCUGAACUACGAAAAAAACGACAUUCCCUUACGGAAAAACACUAAAAAUAACACUUAAAAAAAUACUCAAGUUGAGUAUAAUUUGGGACAAAGGGUAAACACUCAAUUUAGUGUCAACACU